AUGACACUCUUAAAAAAAUGCUUGAGCUGCUCAAUCUUCAGAUGGUCCGGAAAGUACUACGCUCAAAUAAGAGGGUUGACAAUAGGACAACGACUGGCACCAAGUCUCGCCAUUGCGCUAACGUCUAAGGUGGAAGCACCGGUAAUUGAUCUCGGGCCGCUACUCUACUUCGAGUUGUUGGAUAAACAGUCAGAGUAUAUCAAGUUCACCCGAGAGAAACCGGAAGAAAAAUGGCUUCCAUUCCUGAACGUCCAAAUUAACCUAUCAGAAAAUGGCUACAUUACGAAGUAG